UCACCUUGAACUUGUUCCAAUAUUAUAAGCCUUUUCAGGGAGCUCCUAUUCUUUCCAACUGCCCCACACCGAUAAGGAACAAAAAUUAACUUCAGAAGUCGUUCACCUCCCUCAGGCUGUAAACGGCAGAAAGGGAGACGUACAUUUGCUGUUGAUCUCUUCACUCUCUUGCCUGCUGCACUCCACGGAACAAGACCCCAAGCAUUCGUAGCUUUGUGAAUGAAGCGCAUGCUCCGCACAAGUAAAGACAACGUUGAAUCCGUUUCCCCACGCAGUUCCCUUCCAGUAUACACUCAGGAACGUCACUUCACCGUUUCACUGAGGUUUCAGGGCGUGGUUCAAAUUCGUUUUUAAUCUAGAGAACUUAUCCAGUGCUGCAAAUACGUACAAAAUGGCGUGCUGCAAUAAUGCGAACGACGCGAACUCGUGCAAAACUGCGUUGCAUGAGAACAAAGAAAUCGCCGUAGAAGAAUCCGUCAAAGAAUACUAUGGAAAAACACUGCAGACUCGCGACGAUCUUAAAACUACGGCAUGCGCUUUAACCGCGAAGAUGAGUCCACGCGUGAAAGAAGCAAUGAAGCUGAUACACGAGGAAGUCAUUCUCAGGAAUUAUGGAUGUGGAAUGCCAUUUCCGGAAUGCGAAGAUGGCUGCAAUGUUCUUGAUCUUGGCUCUGGAACAGGAAGGGACGCAUUUGUUCUCAGCAAACUGGUUGGGCCCACUGGCACAGUUGUUGGUGUUGACAUGACUCCUGAACAGCUUGCAGUUGCCAAUGAGUACAUUGACUAUCACAUGUCAAAGUUUGGCUACAGCAAAACCAAUGUGGAAUUCAAGAAAGGUUUCCUGGAAGACCUGUCCGGUGCUGGAAUUCAAGAUGAUUUUUUCGACAUCAUUGUCUCCAAUUGUGUCAUCAACCUUUGCAAGGACAAGGCGGCAGCCCUUUCUGAAGCCUUCAGAGUUUUAAAGACGGGAGGAGAAAUAUUUUUCAGCGACAUCUAUUCGAAUAAGGAAAUACCUGCAGAUGCUCAAAAGGAUAAAGAAGCUUGGGGUGAAUGUCUUUCCGGGGCCCUUUUUUGGAAGGACUUGCACCGAAUUUGUGAAGAACUCGGCUUCAGUCCCCCGAUCCUCGUCUCAUCAAAGACAUUCCAGAUCAGCGAUGAGAGAAUCAAAUCGCUUCUUGGUGAGCAAAUAAGAUUUUUUUUGAAAAUCAAGGGGAUGAUUUCAAUGAAUUAUUGUUUACCGUUGUUCGCAGAUGACGUGAAAUUCGUGUCCGCCACGUACCGCUUUUUCAAACCCGGUAAUAAUGACGCGGAUGCAGCUUCAGUCACUUACCGCGGAACCAUUCGAGAUAAUGAGGACAAUUUCGUUUUUGGGAAAGGCAUUUUGUUUCCGAAAGGAACCCCAGUAGCAGUGGAUGCACAGUUGGCGAACAUUUUGAAAUCUUCUCGUUACUCUGCUCACUUUGAAAUCAAAGAAUUGGACGAGGAUUCGAUUGAAACUGCUUUGAAGAUCAAUGCAAAAAAUCCAUUUUGCGGGGCGGAGAGUGCAGAAGGUUCCGGAUGCUGCUAAUCUGAUUUCUUGAAGAAAAAAAACAUUCGUUUCUCCUUUUUCUGUUUCACACGGUGGAAAUCUCCUGGGUAUAUGAUUUCUUUCUGGAAAGAAGGGAUUAAAUGUCUUCAUCAAUAGCAUUUAAUUUUG